UAAGUAAUUAUAUAAAUGAAACGAUAGAAAUUAUUUCAUGAUAGUCGGUCGCGAAUCAUUGCAAUGUCGUGCGAUUUGAAAAAUAAAGUUGUUCUUAUAACCGGCGGAUCUACUGGCAUAGGUGCUGAAGUGAUUGAGCUCUUACUAAACGAAAAUGUGAAGCAUGUAGCAAACCUAGACGUUGCAGAGGACUCUGGAGUCGCCUUACAAAACAAACUGAACAACAAACACGGUGUGAAGAAAGUGACGUUCUUCAAAUGUGACGUCACGAACGACUCACAACUGUUUGCUGCUUUCGAUGCGAUUGUUAAGGAGCAAGGAUAUAUUGAUGUCGUCAUUAACAAUGCCGGUAUCAUGAACGACGCCAAAGAUAAAUACAAGAAGGAAAUUGCAGUCAAUGUCACUGCUCUUACGACAAGCUCAUUGAAAGCCCUAGAGCUGAUGCGGAAGGACGAAGGUGGCAAAGGCGGUAUCAUAAUGAACAUGUCUUCCAUAGCCGCAUUGCACAUAGACCCGCUGCUACCCAUCUACUUUGGUACAAAGAGCUACGUAUUACAAUUCAGCAGUUGCCUUGGCUUGCCAGAUUAUUACACCAGAACGGGAGUUCGAGUGAUAGCAAUAUGUUUCGGAGCAACGGCUACAUCUCUGCUGAGUAAGGAAAAGCUGGGGCAUUUCGACACUGUUAUUCAUACCGGAAUGAUGGAUAUUCUCACCCAAUAUCGCUCCCAAGCGGUUGAAUCUGCAGCUAAAGGUGUAAUCGAGGCUCUCAAGAAAGGCGAAAGCGGUAGUACAUGGCUAUCAAUUGCAGAUAAACCCGUGCGCAAUGUGACUGAUGUUAUAAAGAAGGGCUAUGGACUAUUCAGUACACUUGUAUUCGAAUGCUUUGAGAGCAAGUCCGAGAUGGCGUACAGUUUGAAUGGAAAAAUUGCUUUUGUGACUGGUGGUGCCAGUGGGAUUGGAGCAGCUUUAGUGAAACGUUUACUUGAGGAAGAUGUAAAGCACGUAGCAGUGUUAGAUGCAGCUGAAGAAGCUGGGCUAGUUCUACAGAAUGAAUUGAACACGAAGUUUAAAGAAAAUAAAGUAUCCUUUAUAAAAUGUGAUGUUACUGACAAAGAAAGAUUUCUCGAAGCUUUUGAGAAAGUAAGAGACAAAAAUGGAAACAUCGAUUUGGUUAUUAAUAGUGCUGGCAUUUUGGAUGACACUCCGGAGUCGUACGUGAGAGAAAUAAAUAUUAACUUGAUAUCUCUUAUAACUAGUUCACUGCAUGCAUGGAACACGAUGAAUAAAGAGAAGGGUGGAUCAGGUGGUACUAUCAUCAACUUUAGUUCAAUUGCAGCAAUAAGUAAAAUUGUAUUCAUGCCGGUUUAUAGUGCUACCAAAAGUGCUGUACUAAAAUUUAGUACGUGUUUGGGUGAUGACGAACAUUAUUCAAAAAGUGGAGUUCGUGUGAUGACAAUGUGUUUUGGUGUGACCGAUACGCCUAUUCUAAAAAAUUCUACUAAACUAUUUGAUGAAAGCGUCAAGGGGGAUUUAGACAUCUUUAAGCUACAGAGCCCCGAAUCAGCAGCCAAAGCAGUCAUAGAAGUAUACAAAAAAGGGGCAAGCGGUAGCGUCUGGUUAUCUACCACGGACAAGCCAGCUCUAGAUGUUACUAAGGAGCACGACAAAAGCAUAGAACUGUUUAAUUACUGUGUUUACGACUAAUUUUGUAAUGUAUCUUUGAAUAGGCAC